AAAGUAUACAUUUCUCCUACUACUAUACAGAACGCCCCGCCCAAAUACAACUUGAUGUAACAGAUUCUAACGCAUAAAAGUGAUGCUUGGAAUGUGUAUGGUAUACGUAGUUUCUUUAAUACCACUAAUUUUAAAUUGCAACGAGUUUAAAUUAUAAAAAAUUUCAGUAAUAAUCAAUAGAAAAAUACGCGAACGGAGCAAACUUUAAGAAGAAUCUCAGUUUAAAAUUUAUAAAAUGUCCGUUCUAGACGAAAGAGAAGAUUAUCUGAAGAAUCCGUUCUUUGUGAAGCACGAGUAUAGUGACUUUACCCCAUUUUAUGUCACUGUCACUAUCUGUUCUCUGAUAUUUGCAUUCCUGUGUAUCCUAAACAUUGGAUUUUGUUGGUGUUCACGACACAGAAGCUAUUGGCAAAGUCCUCAUACUGGAAAUAGGUGGAUUCAGCCGCUGUUUACAGUAUUACCACAUAAAACACCACCUCUAGACUUAAGUGAAUUAGAACCAGGACGUGUUUUUGAGUCUCAAGAAAAACAAGAAGUUUUACAGUAUCACAAUCCUAAGUCUUAUAGGGCUGCACCACAAACACAAGAGUAUAUGGAAAUGCAAAAACGUGAAAGUGAAAUUUAGUUUCAAUAUUUUGCAGCUAAGAAAGUACAGAGAUUUU